AUGGACUUUAUAGUGAGUGCACGCUCAGACAUCGUGCUGGAUGUGGAAGAGCUUGGCAAGGUACGAUGCAGUGAGCAUAGAAUGGCAUGCCAGUGCCAACUAAAGGCGGGGCACAAAAAUUGCGGUCUCCUGCAGUGCGAGAGACCAGCGCUUCCGAAGAACGCCAUUGUGUGCGCGCCCGGACUUGAGUACCUCGCCCUCAUCGACCAGAUAAUAAUACAGCAGGAUGUGGAGCUCUUGGAAGCUUUCACGGGCAUCGAAACUUGCAAUUCCUACGAGGCGAAGAACUCGAUGGGUCAGUUCAUAUACAAAAUCGCCGAAAAUUCGGGAUGUUGUGCCAGGUGUUGCUGUGGCCCGAGGCGAUGCCUGGAAAUGGACGUUCGAGAUUACAGGGACAGCGUCGUGAUGCACUUCGUCCGGCCGCUCCGUUGCAGCCACACGCUGUUCUGCAUCUGUUGCUGCUCCUGCUUCUGCUUGCAGGAAAUGGAAGUCCAAGCACCGCCCGGGAAAACCAUCGCAUACGUCUGUCAGCGGUGGUCGUUAUGCUAUCCCUACUUCAGCAUAUACGACCGCAAUCAGAAGCGAGUGCUGGACAUCAAGGGACCGAUAUGCACCCAGAGCAUGCCUUGUGCAUGCGACGUCGAAUUCACGGUGUACUCAACGAACGGCUACGCCAUCGGAAAAAUCACCAAGCAGUGGAGCGGCCUCGUGAAAGAAUAUUUCACGGAUGCGGAUACGUUCGGCGUCACCUUUCCGUUGGACAUGGAUGUGCAUCUGAAGGCCACCCUCAUUGCCGCCGCUAUGCUUAUUCCCAAAAGGGACUGA